AUGUCGAAUCAAUGUGUGUCACUGAAUGACAUCAAACAUUUAAAAACAUUUUUAGAAAAAUGCUUGAACAAAAAAGUGUUAGAGUAUAAAUUGAACUCCCUGACAAAUCCAGGAGAUAAUUUCGGAUCCAUUCUGCGUACAAUUGAUCUGAAUGUCAUUGAAAACAGUAACUCGAAUGAAAAAGAGACCAUGCAGUUGGUUGUAAAAACAUCAGUAUUAGAUCCAUAUUGGGCUGCUGUGUUUAAGCCAGAAUUGUCAUUUGUUAAAGAAGUUCACUUUUAUGCAAAUAUUAUACCGGCAAUACAACAAUUUGAGCAAUGUACAAAUGUACCGGAAGCAGAAAGGCUGAACGUAUUCAUUCAAUGUUUAGGAUCGAGGAUUUCAUUGAAUUCAAAUGCUAAGGAAGCCGACCGCGAUGCAGUUUUACUACUUGAAAAUCUAAAGCAUGACCAUUUUGUUAACGUAAACCGAUACAUUAGAUUUGAUACGCAAGAAACAAUUGUUGUUUUAAAAAAUUUGGCAAAAUUUCACGCUUUAUGUAUUGCAAUGAGACAGGUUGAACCGGAUCUUUUUAAAGAAAAAGUGAAUCACAAUCUCAGUGCAGUUGGUGGGCUGAAAGAUGAUGAUGAAAUACUUCAGAUUAUUUGUGAUGAGCUGCAUCUUCUGGACAAACUUUCUUCAAAGCAACGUGAAUUGAUUAAAGGCUAUUUGCAGCUUGGGGCUCAAUUCGUGAAGAAUUCAAGUCAAACAGUCGAUACGCCAUACACAACCAUCAUACAUUUUGACUUAUGGAUAAAUAACAUUAUGGUUAAAAAAGGUAAAUCAAAUCCAACACAGAUAAAAAUUUACGAUUUCCAACUUUACGUUUACGAGUCAUUUGUCCAUGAUUUGAUUUUCUUUUUAUUCAUGAGUGUUGGCCCAAAAGAUUUGGUCAUCAAUUUUAAGCUGUUCAUCGAUUUUUAUCUCUUGGAAUUCAUUAGGACAAUGGGUUUGGUUAAAUGCUCAUCAGAGAAUUACACAUUUGAAAAGUAA